AUGGUAAAACUUCGUUUGAAACGAUGUGGUAGAAAGCAACGAGCCGUCUAUCGAAUCGUUGCAAUUGAUGUUCGAUCCCGAAGAGAAGGAAAAGAUCUUCGGAAAUUGGGUUUUUAUGAUCCGAUAAGGAAUCAAACUUAUUUAAAUGUUCCGGCUAUUCUAUAUUUCCUCGAAAAAGGUGCUCAACCUACAGGAACUGUUCAGGAUAUUUUAAAGAGGUCGGGGGUGGAACUUCGUCCUAAUCAAGCGAAAUUCAAUUAA